AAAUGCAAAAUGACUAUUUCACUGUUCUAAUACCAAACCAAAAAUAUGCAAUUCCACAACUGGAGUAAGGGUAUAAUAGUAAAAACACAUUUCUCCUAAUACCCGCUUUGCUUGGAGGCUUGAGGCUUGAGCCGACUCUCCCCAAUUUGCCGAAGAAGAAAGAAAUAUAUAAACCUUUUUGGGAACAAUCUCCCACUAACUUCUUUCAUUUUUAUUCGCUCAACAACCAAAAACCAAAAACCUAUUAAAACUUUCUCUCCUUCAAUAUCAAAAACCCACAAAAAGUUUUCUUCUUUUACAAUCUCUGACUCUAAAAUUUCCAUAACCAUUUCAAUCUAGGCUUUGUGUGCUGUGGAUCGAGAACCAUGUGUGGUGGAGCUAUUAUCUCCGACUUCAUCUCGACGAAUGCGCCGCCGCGGUCCACUCGUCUCACCUCCAACUAUCUCUGGCCGGAUCUCAAGAAAUCCAACUCCGGCAAACGUUUCUCGAAGAAAUCUCAUCUGAGAUCGGAAAUCGUUGAUCUUGACGAUGAUUUCGAGGCCGAUUUCCAGGGCUUCAAGGAUGAAUCUGAUGUUGAGUAUUUUGAUGAUGAUGUAGUUGAUGUUAAGCCUUUUGCAUUCACUGCUCGUAACAAGCCAACCGUAUCUCGAGGUUCCACAACGGUGAAAUAUACCGAAUCUGAUGGGCUAGCUGAAAAAUCUGCUAAGAGAAAGAGGAAGAACCAAUAUCGUGGAAUUCGUCAGCGUCCAUGGGGUAAGUGGGCUGCGGAAAUCAGAGACCCAAGGAAAGGGGUCCGUGUUUGGCUCGGAACUUUCAACACUGCUGAAGAAGCUGCAAGAGCUUACGAUGCUGAAGCUCGAAGAAUCCGUGGCAGUAAAGCUAAGGUUAAUUUCCCGGAUGAAACUCCUCGUGCUUCCCCUAAACGUUCAGCUAAGGAUAAUCUUAAGAGAUCACUACCUAAGGCUAACGCUGUUCAGUCGUUCGAGUCGAAUAUGAACGCAAGUUUUGAUCUUGGGCAUAACUCAGAUCAGGAUUACUACAGUGCAAUGGGGUUUCUUGAAGAGAAGCCACUUACCAAUCACUAUGAUUAUGUGGAGUCUCUUCCUGCAAAUCAAGAGGUUGGGCUUAAACCCACUCCAGCUACGUCUACCACACCCUUGUAUUUUAGCUCUGAUCAGGGUAGCAAUUCCUUUGAGUGCUCUGACUUUGGUUGGGGAGAACGUGGCUCAAAGACUCCAGAAAUCUCCUCUGUUCUUUCGGCCACUUUAGAAAGUGAUGACUCCCUGUUUCUAGAGGAUGCUAACCCGAUGAAGAAGCUGAAAAGUGACUCAGAGAAUGUGGUCCCUCAAGCUGAAGAAAACAAUUCAAAGACACUUUCUGAGGAGCUUUCCAGCUUUGAGUCUCAGAUGAAGUACUUUCAGAUGCCGUAUCUUGAUGGAAACUGGGAUGCUACUUCUUUUGAAUCUUUACUCGCUGGUGACACAACUCAGGACGGCGGGAACACAAUGGAUCUUUGGAGUUUUGAUGACUUUACCAUGUCUGGGGAAGCAUUCUGAGCAAGUUCCCCACCUUCGCUAGUUUAUGUAAAUAAGGCUACAUGAAUUGUUCGUCUGGAAGUGGAGUACACACAAAACAGUUAAACAUGCAUAAGCCUUUGUGUGGAAGAGUGGUUGAAGGUAGCUAUCAUUGUAUCGCGAGUAUAUAUAGAUAUUAGCUUUUACUUCUUACCUUCAAGACAUUGAACUCGUGUUGCUCUAUUUUAUGUCUGUAUCAAUUAAACUGUGAUUUGUGAUGAAUAUACUAAGACCUGAUAAUUGUCAAA